AUGGCUUCCCAAUUAUCUUCCAUCAAAGUCCUGAAUGGUUCUAAUUUUGAGGAAUGGAUAGACCCUCUUACUGUGUCUCUUGCAAUCAUGAGACUCGAUUAUGCCCUGAGAACUGAUAAACCCCCCGAGCCCACAACUGAGAGUGAUGCUACUGCAAAAGCACUUUAUGAAAAGUGGGAGGAGUCCAACAGAUUGUGCCUGAUUGUUAUGAAGCAUACUAUGGACAAGAUCAUUAAGAAAAGUGUGCCUUCGAAAGAAAAUGUUCAGGAUUUUCUUACAGCUAUUAAUACAAAGUUUACAAAAUUUGAUAAGGCUGAGAAGGGAACAUAUUUAGGGUGGUUCUCAUCCACUCGAUAUGAUGGCACAAGUGGAGUACGUGAUCACAUUAUGAAAAUGACCAAUUAUGCUGCCACGUUGGGCGAGAUGGAAGUGAAGAUAUCUGAUUCUUUUCUUGUGUGGCAAAUUAUGCAAUCACUUCCAUCAUCAAUUGGGGUUUCAAGUGGGUUCGGAUGUGAGUACAGUUAUUAUUUGGUGGACGAUGACAGAAAUGUUUUGAGAUGGGAGGCUGGGAAGAAACGCCAAUUGCAACUUCCUGAAGGGAUUGAGGAUGGAGAGGUGGUGGAGCUUCGUGAUCUGUGGCAGGGUGCUUCUGAAACUCUAUUUUUCAGAAAUGCUUUCAAGAAUGUCAUAUUUCAAGAUAGUUGGAAUUUGGAUUCAGAAACACUCCUUGUACCCUUUCAGAAGAACCUUGAACUAGAAGAUUCUGUCCUGGUUCAUUUUAAAAUUAGCUGCCCAAAGAUAGGAAAAGGAACAUCAGUUUAUGUGAUAGGGAGCUCCCCCCAGUUAGGAAAAUGGAAGCUUCAGGAUGGACUUAGACUUAGCUAUGCUGGUGAAUCGUUUUGGCAAGCAGAUUGUGUGAUUCGAGAGGAUGAAUUCCCAAUUAAAUAUAGAUACUGUCAAAGUAGCCAGACAGGAAAUACUUCAUUGGAAAUGGGAUCAAACCGGGAGCUCUCUAUUGGCUCAAAAAGUCCUCCAAAAUACAUUUGCCUAUCUGAUGGUGUUUUUCGGGAAAUGCCAUGGAGGGGUGCUGGUGUUGCAAUCCCAAUGUUUUCUGUCAGGUCAGAAGAUGAUCUUGGAGUUGGAGAGUUUCUUGACCUGAAGCUGCUUGUUGACUGGGCAGUUGAGUCAGGGUUCCAUUUGGUUCAACUUUUGCCAAUCAAUGAUACAUCUGUUAAUGGAAUGUGGUGGGACUCAUAUCCUUACAGUUCUCUCUCUGUAUUUGCCUUGCAUCCAUUAUAUCUGAGAGUACAGGCACUUUCAGAAAAUAUACCUGGGGAUAUUAAGAAAGAGAUCUUGAAAGCAAAAGAACAGCUUGAUGGGAAGGUUGUUGAUUAUGAAGCAACCAUGGCUACUAAACUUUCAAUAGCAAAGAAAAUAUUCUCCUUAGAGAAGGACUCUGUACUUACUUCCACUUCCUUUCAGAAUUUUUUCUCUGAGAAUGAAGACUGGUUAAAACCUUAUGCGGCAUUUUGUUUCUUGCGUGACUUCUUUGAAACAUCAGAUCACAGCCAAUGGGGUCGUUUUUCUGAUUAUUCGAAAGAAAAGCUGGAGAAGAUUGUUUCGAAGGAUAGUGUGCACUAUGACAUUGUCUGCUUCCAUUAUUACAUUCAAUUCCAUUUACAUCAGCAAUUGUCAGAGUCUGCUGAAUAUGCUAGAAAGAAACGAGUGAUCUUGAAGGGAGAUUUGCCCAUAGGUGUGGACAGGCAUAGUGUUGAUACAUGGGUUUAUCCAAAUUUGUUUCGCAUGAACACUUCUACUGGAGCACCUCCAGACUAUUUUGACAAAAGUGGACAAAAUUGGGGUUUCCCCACUUACAAUUGGGAGGAAAUGUCAAAAGACAACUAUGCUUGGUGGCGUGCUCGUCUGACCCAGAUGGCUAAAUACUUCACGGCAUACAGAAUAGAUCAUAUCUUGGGUUUCUUUAGAAUCUGGGAACUUCCAGAGCAUGCAAUCACAGGCCUUGUUGGAAAAUUUCGACCGUCUAUCCCUCUAAGUCAGGAAGAACUUGAGAAAGAGGGCUUAUGGGACUUUGAUCGCUUGAGCCGUCCCUAUAUCCGCCGACAAAUUUUACAGGAUAAGUUUGGAGAUUCUUGGAUGGUUUUUGCAUCAAUCUUUCUGAAUGAAUAUCAGAAGGAAUGCUAUGAGUUCAAGGAGGACUGCAACACAGAGAAAAAGAUUGCUUCCAAACUUAGAUCACAUGCUGAAAGGUCCUUGUGGUCAGAGAGUGAAGAUAAAAUACGACGUGGUCUCUUUGAUCUGCUGCAGAACAUUGUUCUUAUCAGAGACCCAGAAGAUUCAAGGAAAUUUUAUCCUCGUUUUAAUCUUGAAGAUACUUCAAGUUUUAAUGAUCUAGAUGAUCACAGUAAAAAUGUAUUGAAAAGAUUAUACUAUGAUUACUAUUUCUAUCGGCAAGAAACUCUCUGGAGCCAAAAUGCAAUGAAGACUCUGCCUGCCCUUUUGAACUCGUCAGAUAUGUUGGCCUGUGGUGAAGAUCUUGGUUUAAUUCCUUCUUGUGUUCAUCCUGUUUUGCAAGAAUUGGGGUUAAUAGGUCUUCGGAUUCAACGUAUGCCAAAUGAACCUGGUCUGGAGUUUGGCAUUCCUUCUCAAUACAGUUAUAUGACGGUAUGUGCUCCAUCAUGCCAUGACUGCUCCACACUGCGUGCUUGGUGGGAAGAAGACGAGGAAAGAAGACGUCAAUUUUAUAAGACUGUUGUGGGGUCUGAUGAUGUUCCACCUAGUCAAUGUGUCCCUGAUAUUGCAUACUUCAUCCUUCAACAGCAUGUCGAAGCUCCAUCAAUGUGGGCAAUUUUCCCUCUCCAGGACUUGUUGGCACUGAAAGAAGUAUACACGACACGACCUGCACUAGAGGAAACAAUUAAUGAUCCUACAAAUCCCAAGCACUACUGGAGAUAUCGUGUGCAUGUGACAUUGGAAUCCUUGCUGAAGGAUAAGGAGCUUGAGCAGACCAUUUUGGAUCUUGUGCACAGUAGUGGGAGAUCACAUCCUUCUGCUGGACAAGCUGAGGGUUCGAAGAAGCAGCAGGUCACUAAUGGGCAAGCGUAGCAGCAACCCAGUUAAAUAGAAUUCCACGAAAGGAGACUAAAUGAGUGUAAGCCCUGAAAACAAAAAUUGAAUUCAUGACCGGUCAUAAAUGUAUGAUUUACUUGUUGCAUGUUUCAUCCCCUCCCCCUUUAGUACACGGGGAUACCUUCCUUGCUAUAUGGGUAGGAGUGAGGGCAUUUGAUUUUUUGAUUGCAAAUUUUGCAUUUCAAUAGAAAUAUUAGUAUGUUGCAUUUUUGGUUGGCAGCCAAUGAGAUUGAUA